GCUAACCCGUGGGCUGGCUGGAGGGGAAGAGGCCCACAGCACACUCCUACUCUGGCCCCACUUCAGGCUGCCAUGGGGUCCAGCGCUCCUCUCCUUCUCUUCUUCCUUUUGUCCUGGUCGCGACCCCUUCAAGGACAGCAGCACCACCUUGUGGAGUACAUGGAGCGCCGACUAGCUGCCUUAGAGGAACGGCUGGCCCAGUGCCAGGACCAGAGCAGCCGGCAUGCCGCGGAGCUGCGGGACUUCAAGAACAAGAUGCUGCCUCUGCUGGAGGUGGCAGAGAAGGAGCGGGAGGCCCUUAGAACUGAGGCGGACACUAUCGCUGGGAGAGUGGACCGUCUUGAACGGGAAGUAGACUAUCUGGAGACCCAGAACCCAGCUUUGCCUUGUGUGGAGCUAGAUGAGAAGGUGACUGCAGGCCCUGGGGCCAAGGGCAAGGGCCGAAGAAAUGAGAAAUAUGAUAUGGUGACAGACUGUGGCUACACCAUCUCCCAGGUGAGGUCAAUGAAGAUUCUGAAGCGCUUUGGUGGCCCAGCUGGUCUAUGGACCAAAGACCCAUUGGGGCCAACAGAGAAGAUCUACGUGUUAGAUGGGACUCAGAAUGACACUGCUUUUGUCUUUCCAAGGCUGCGUGACUUCACCCUUGCCAUUGCUGCCAGGAAAGCUUCCCGAAUCCGUGUGCCCUUUCCUUGGGUAGGCACAGGGCAGCUGGUGUAUGGUGGCUUCCUUUAUUAUGCCCGGAGGCCUCCUGGAGGACCUGGAGGGGGCAGUGAAUUGGAAAAUACUCUGCAGCUCAUCAAGUUCCACCUGGGAAACCGAACGGUAGUGGACAGCUCAGUAUUCCCCGCAGAGAGGUUGAUCCCCCCCUAUGGGCUGACAGCAGACACGUACAUUGACCUGGCCGCUGAUGAGGAGGGUCUCUGGGCCAUCUAUGCCACUCAGGAGGAUGACAGGCAUAUGUGUCUUGCCAAGUUAGAUCCGCAGACACUGGACACAGAGCAGCAGUGGGAUACACCAUGUCCCAGAGAGAAUGCAGAGGCUGCCUUUGUCAUCUGUGGGACCCUGUACGUUGUCUAUAACACUCGUCCUGCCAGUCGGGCCCGUAUUCAAUGUUCCUUUGAUGCCAGCGGUACCCUGACCCCUGAACGAGCAGCACUCUCUUACUUUCCUCGCAGAUAUGGUGCCCAUGCCAGCCUCCGCUAUAACCCUCGUGAGCGCCAGCUCUAUGCCUGGGAUGAUGGCUACCAGAUUGUCUAUAAGAUAGAGAUGAGGAAGAAAGAGGAGGAAGUUUGAGGAGCUAGCCUGUGUUUUUUGAAUCUCAUCCCAUACACGUACAGCCCUACUAGAUUUCCUGUUCCUCAUCCUCCAAAUGUAUUGCCCGUUGUAGUUCAAAUUCCUUAUCUUUUUUUUUAAACCAAUGACAUCCACAUUCUCAUAGCCCCUUUGUUUCAAAUGGAAUUCCAGACCUCAAGUACUCCUUUUAGUGCUAAAAUAGUAAAAACACUAAAUGAUCUCUCUCCUGCACCAUGCUCUCAAAGUUUAAGCCCAGAACAGCUCAGAUCUAGAGCUCUGGCCCUCAAACGGGGUCAUCCUCAGACAACAGAUGACAGUAUUCUUGCCCUCAGUAUGAACCUGGGGAGAAAGGAACUCAAGGAGACAGCCCCACCUCUCUCUCAUUCCAGUUCUGAAACUCUCCAUGUCACUCUGUAUGGCAUUUUGCAUUAAAAGGAAACCCACUGCUC